GGGUGGGGCUUGGUGAGAGGAAAGCGAGGGAAUUGAGAGCGAAAACAGGGUGAUGUGUGUGCUGUGAAUUCAAAGCUGGGUGGGUCUACACCGUUUCACAUUCCCAAAAAAACUCCCGGUGCCGUGUGUUUUAAAGCACUUUCAGUUUUCAGAAGGCCACGAUGUUGAUGCUGGCUGGAAUCGUUGUUCUGCACAUUGCCACCAUCAUCCUGCUUCUGGUGGCCACCAUUGAUAAUGCCUGGUGGAUCAAUAAUACAGUGUCAACUGACUUGUGGGGCAGGUGGGAGUUUACGAACUCAGCCUGGCAUUACACCAACCUGAAAAACUAUCCGGAGGAGUAUCUCCAGGCGGUGCAGGCCACUUCAGUGCUGGCCUGUAUUUUUGCCAUUCUGGCCUUGAUUGUGUUUGUGGCUCAGCUGUUCACCCUGCCCAAAGGCCAGAGGUUCACCUUCACCGGCAUUUUACAGCUAAUCGCCUGCCUGUGUAUAAUGAUAGCAGCCUCAAUCUACACAGCCGAGCUUCACACCAAUGAAACGGAGGGAGUAUACGGACACUCCUAUGUCCUGGCCUGGAUCUCUUUUGUCUUCACCUUCAUCUUAGCGAUCACCUACCUCAUCCUGCGAAAGAAGAGCGAGUGAGAGGAUAAAAGGAAUGAGGGCAUGCCUAGGAUUAUGUUCCCAGUUUGAAUUUGGGAAAUUAAAGAAUAGGAAUAGGAAGUGUUUCAAAAAUUCUGAGGGAAAAAAACUGUAGCUACGAAAAUUUGUGUGUGUGUGUGUGUGCGCACUUACAAGAGCCAUUUGUUUAUAUUUUGAAUAUUAUAAAUUGAAAUGGAAGUCAUGCAUGCAGUCAUGAAGGGCUGAACUUAAUCAUUUUACUUGAUAGAUUUAUAUUUAAUUCAAGAGGUGUAGGGCAAUACUUCAUACGGUAAAGGAAUAGACAUUUUGAGAAAUAUAUACGCUUUCUUGCAUAGAGUUGGAUGAGAGGAUAGAUGCCAGACUUAUAUCUGUGCAUAAGGUAUGAAGCUACUGCCAGCAGACAGUUAGCUUAGCACAAAGACUGGAAACAGCUAGCCAAAAACUAAAGUGUAAAAAUGACAAAUUGUGGUUUUAGUUAGUGAUCUCGAGAGCUGCUGGUUUGUGGAUUUUCUUACCUUUUUGACAGAGCCAGGCUAGUGGUUUCCCUGAUUCCAGUCUUUGUGCUAAGUUAACCGGAAGCUGGAGGUAGCUUCAUGUUUACCAUACAUGACAGUGGUAUCAAUCUUUUCAUCUAACUCUCUGCAUGAAAGAAAUUAUUUUUUACCAAAAUGUAAAAUUACUUCUUUAGGAAGCUACCAAAGUUGAUUAUGUAGGAGGAAAAAAGCAUAAGCAUAAUAAGCCCUUUUGAGAUUUAGUAGUUGAAAAUACUCUGAGAGACAGUACUUAUCCUGUAUAAUCACGUUGUGAGGCUGACUGUUACUACUGCAGGUUUCCAGAGUCGAGGAGUGAAUAAAUACUGUAUCUGUGAAGGUACGGCAUGUUGGCAAAACUGCAACAUUCCCGUUGCAGUACUUGAACAAUCAGGAAAGACAAGCCUUAUACAGUACAAGUAGUUUUAAUCAUGUAUCCUUAUUUUACAACUGAAGUAUAGUGUAUCCUUUUUAAAUCUGUGUACAUUGUUAACCAUUAUAUUUUUGUAACAUUUUGUAUUGAGUUCUUU